AUUGCUGCUGCUGCUGCUGCUGCUGCUCCGGCUGCCUACCACUAUUUCAACAGGACCCGCUUCCUUCUUUCGCCUCUGUGUCUGUCUGCCCGCCUGUCUGUCCCUCCGCAUUCAUCACUGAACGCGUUUCCUUCCCCGACACUCUCAAGUGCUGGUAGAGAAACAAACAUUCCGCAUCUUCUGCUGUUCCAUCGGGCCUCGUCUCGUCCUCCUCCUCCUCCGUCGUCGUGCCCCUACUGCUGCUUCUGCUUCUGGUUCUGGCCCCGGAGCUGCUGCUAGUGCUAGCGCUGGUAGAAGUAGUAGUGCCCACAGCAUUCGGUCUCCUCUCUCUCGCUCUCUCUCUCUCUCUCUCUCUCUCUCUUGCUCGCUCGCUUGACGCACGACCACGAGACGAGGGCAGCGGAGGGGAGUGGGGGAGGGGAGGGGUGACGGGACGACGUGCUCAUGUUGCUAUGGUAUGAAAUACGAGAAAGCCUGGAUCAACUCGAACAUUGUAAAUAUCCUGAAAUCUGCUGCUGUUUCUGCUGCUGCCGGUUACGGGCCGAGCAUCAGGCGGAGGCGGAGGAGGAAGAGGACGUGCAGCAUCAGCGUCGGCAUCAGCAGAGAGGAGGCCGAGUAGUACUUGCUGCACAUUUACGUUUAUUACAGCUCUAAUGAGGAAUCCAGGGAGUACAGGAACAGGCUCAGGAAUGGUGAUUAGAAGCGCGCUCGUAUCGUGGCUGCGAUUCCUAGUUUUGGCAUUCCUCGUGUGCAGCUCGGACGCAUCUCGUGGACUUAGGCUCAGUUUGAGAGGUGGUGGGCAAGUAGACGCGUCGCCGGGCACAAUCCAUGAGCAGCAGCUGGGCACCGAGCCCGCGGUGCAGCAGCUGCUGCUGCUGCCGGAGCACACCCUCAGGAGAUUACUGGCCGGGGCCGAAGCGACCUUAAACACGGGGGAUUUCGAGGAGAUUUCCGAAUGCAAUUUGGAGAAUUUGCACGAGUGCGCGCCCCCGGCGCUCGGGUCUCAAUUUCCCACCUUCGAGUCCAAGAAGGAGGUGCCCAAUGGUCCCAACCCGCUUCACAACUAGCGUGAUUGAUUGGCCGGUAGGAUUUUCUGUAUUCACGAUCACACCCAUACCCGAGAGGAGGAGGACGGCUGCAGAGAUUUAGAUUCCUCCCACCGGACGACAGCAACAAUGUAGAGCUGGGAUGCACCUACCGACCCGGACAGACAGCCAGCCAGAGCUCGCAUCCCUCAGCCUCCCAGAGCCGCGUUCUUUUCUUCGACUUGUAUCAUUCAUUCUGUAAACCUGAAGAACGAAUUCGACUCACCACCACUCUUGGGAACACUGUCUCACGAGGAUUCGUCGGCUGUGCGUGUGGAUCUAAUCUAUCAUCGCUGGAAUUCCAGAACCAGGCCGUGCCCGUGCUCGUGGCUCGCUCGGCCUCGCCGUUCAGUCGGUCCAUCCACCAUCACCUACACCAUCAGAUUAAUAAAUGAAAAUCCUCGUGGGAGGGAGCGCCCUCGGAGCAAGGGCAGUUUAGACAGAGAUCGCAUAGAAGAAGAAGAAGUGGAAGAAGAAGAAGACGAAGACGAAGGGAAGACACCUUUUGGUAGACAGCGCCUAUAGUGUUACAUUAGUACUGUAAAGUACUUACAUGAGUACUUGCUCAGCUUCAUUCACAUUACCAAUUUUUUCAUACAGCUGUUUUGUCGCUCGAGUUUCCAUCGUUACUGUCGGUCGUCGUUGUCGCCGCCGCCGUUGCUGCUGCUGCUGCUGCUGUGAACCAGGGAAAGAUUUCAUCAUGAGUGUGCACGAGGACGUGGGAGAGAGGGAGAGUGGGAGAGGAGAGGCGAGCAGAUUUGUUGACUUGGACGCGCAGUGAGUGAGUGGGUUGAGCUAUUGCAGUAUCACGACCAUUUUAUCCAUCUAUCCAUUCAAUUCGAUCGAGGGGCAUGCGGGCGAGCUGGCGAGCGGGCGAGAGUGAGUAGGAGAGUGGAAUCGUAAAACCCCAGGAGUUUACAAAUAGGGAAUCGAUCGAGGGCAGCAACUUUUGGCUUCUCCGCGGACACGAGAAGAGGAAGACGAUGAAGCAGAAGUUGCUCACGGGGUUGUACUCUUCUUUUCUUCGACGACCUUGGACCUCUCGAACAUGCCGCUCUUUGAAACACCAUCAUCAUCACCAACCAUCCUUCUUUUCUUCGAAGACCUUGGACCUCUUGAACUUGCCGCUCUUCGAGACACCAUCAUCAUCAGCAUCGGCCUUCCAGAAGGAGGAUUCAGCUUACGGAUGAGCUUGUUCCAGCUUCUAGGCACACUCUUUCGGCUGCAGGUGGCAGCAGUGGCGGAGACCGAGGACGAGAACGAUUCCAUGACGGAGGGAGCGGGCUUUGGCUGAUUGACGAACGAGGAUCGAUUAAUCAACAUCGACGAGGACGACGACGACGACAGUGGGUGCGGAGAGGAGGAUGGUGCGAAUUGUAUGUGAUUAAAAUCCGUUCUUAGACGUGAGUCGCUGUGAAGUCGUAGUGAGUAUUAGAUGAGUCGGUGAAGUCGGUAGCUGGUGCUGCGAAGAUGGAUGUUAUGAUGCAAGCUGUUCGUUCGGGGAGCUUUUUUAGAGAGAUUUUUUAGACUGCAUCGAAACGAACAAAGAUCGAAUCCUCGAAGAUGUUUAAUGGCCGUGACAUAUACGAAAUCAUUCUUUCAAAAAGUAGAAUUAAUAAGUGAGUCAGCAGCUGUCAAUUGCAAUUGCUAUCAAGGGAAGAGGCAAUUGAUCCAAGAUGAGGAAAGCUCCCGUGCAUAUAUACAUUGAUGAUGAGUUUCCCUCUCUGCAAUUAGACUCGUGGCCCGUUGAUAACCAUCCAUAUCUGUGUUGUGAAUAAUUUUAUAUUUGAAAAAUCGAGGUGUUGUUGGUCCUUGACACCCUCGCUCACGGUGCCCAAGGAACUGUCGCACCUUUCACUGUA